CUUGCUGAAAACAGUGCCAGUGUCUACAUAAAGAAGGUAGAGGCCAGAAUCAAUGAAGAAAUAGAGCGAGUUAUGCACUGCUUGGACAAGUCUACAGAAGAGCCCAUUGUCAAGGUGGUGGAACGGGAGCUAAUUUCUAAACACAUGAAGACAAUUGUAGAGAUGGAGAACUCUGGCCUCGUCCAUAUGCUCAAGAAUGGAAAGACCGAUGACCUGGCAUGCAUGUACAAGCUGUUCACUCGCGUGCCAAACGGCCUGAAGACGAUGUGCGAGUGUAUGAGCCCUUACUUGAGGGAGCAAGGCAAAGCUCUGGUGUCAGAAGAGGGAGAGGGCAAGAACCCUGUUGAUUAUAUACAGGGCCUGCUAGACCUGAAGACACGAUUUGACCGUUUCCUCCUCGAGUCCUUCAACAAUGACAGACUUUUCAAACAAACCAUAGCUGGCGACUUUGAGUAUUUCCUAAAUCUCAAUUCUCGCUCUCCAGAGUGUUUAUCACUCUUUAUCGACGAUAAGCUCAAGAAAGGAGAGAAAAGGUUAACAGAACAGGAGUUGGAGUCCAUCCUUGACAAGGCCAUGGUGUUGUUCAGGUUCAUGCAGGAGAAAGAUGUGUUUGAAAAGUACUAUAAGCAGCACCUGGCUCGCAGGCUGCUCAGCAACAGGAGUGUCUUAGACGACUCAGAGAAGAACAUGAUCUCUAAGCUCAAGACAGAAUGUGGCUGUCAGUUCACCUCAAGACUGGAAGGAAUGUUCAAAGACUUGAGCAUCUCCAACACCACCAUGGAUGAGUUCAGGCAACACAUACAAACCACGUCGGCAUCCUUAAGUGGUGUGGACCUUAUAGUUAGAGUCCUCACUACUAUCUACUGGCCAACACAGUCUGCAACCCCAAAAUGCACCAUCCCGCCUGCUCCUAGACACGCAUUUGAAGUCUUUAGAAGAUUUUACCUCGCUAAGCACAGUGGCAGGCAGCUUACACUGCAGCACCACAUGGGCGGGGCAGACCUAAAUGCAACUUUCUACGGAGCUGUUAAAAAGGAGGAUGGUUCAGAGGUUGGAGUAGGAGGUGCCCAGGUGACAGGCUCAAACACCCGCAAGCACAUACUGCAGGUUUCCACCUUCCAGAUGACCAUCCUCAUGCUCUUCAACAACAGAGAAAAGUGCACUUUCGAGGAGAUCCAGCAGGAGACUGAUAUUCCAGAGCGGGAGUUAGUGCGGGCAUUGCAGUCUCUGGCCUGUGGGAAACCCACACAGAGAGUUCUCACCAAGGAGCCAAAGUCCAAGGAGAUUGAAAACGGCCACAUGUUUACAGUCAAUGAUCAGUUUACUUCCAAACUGCACAGAGUCAAAAUACAGACAGUUGCUGCUAAACAAGGAGAAUCAGACCCUGAAAGGAAAGAGACACAGAGGAAAGUGAACAGUGACAGGGAGCAUGAGAUAGAGGCAGCCAUUGUCCGAAUCAUGAAGUCCAGGACCAAGAUGCACCACAAUCUCCUGGUGGCGGAGGUGACUCAACAGCUCCAGGCUCAUUUUAUCCCCAAGCUUGUGGUUAUCAAGAAGCGUAUAGAAGGACUCAUAGAAAGAGAAUACUUGGCGAGGAUGCCAGACGAUUGUAAAAUCUUACUCUAUGUUGCCUAGAAGAGAAAACAGUGGAUUUGAGGAAAAAGAGACUGGAAGGGGAUUUGUUUUCCUUUGAACUGUUGUUAUGCAUAGACUGGAAGGUUUUUAUCAAGAUAAGUCUGGGAACCCAAUCUGUGUGAGUUUUAGCAAGGAUGC